AUGCUGAGCGGAGCGGCUGGGGCUGAGCGGCGUGGCGGAGCAGUGCUCGCUCCCUCGCUCACUCGCCGCUCGCUCGCAGGGACACACGCAGGGGCUGACAGCUGUGCUGGUGCUGAUAAGGGAAGCCACAAGGAGACGAUCGAGGAGAGAGACAAGCGGCAGAAGAGGCAGCAGCGGCAGAGGCAGCACCAGGGCUGCGGAGCUGCUGGGAGUGGGAGUGACUCCCCCACCUCGGGCCCCCACCCUGUCCCCAUCCUCUUCCCGCUUGCCCUGAGUUUAGAAGAGCAGCUGCUGCCACCACCACCACUCCGGAGGGCACCAGGGCUACUGGCUAGAGAGGGACAGGGGCAAGAAGCUCUGGCCAGUUCCAGCAGCCGGGGACAGAUGCCGAUCGAGAUUGUGUGCAAAAUCAAAUUUGCUGAGGAGGAUGUGAAACCCAAGGAGAAGGAAGCAGGGGAUGAGCAGAGCCUCCUGGGGGCUGCUCGGGGGGCAGCAGCCCCCCGGGACCUGGCCACCUUUGCCAGCACCAGCACUCUGCAUGGGCUGGGUCGGGCCUGUGGCCCAGGCCCCCAUGGACUGCGCAGGACCCUGUGGGCACUGGCCCUACUCACCUCGCUGGCUGCCUUCUUGUACCAGGCAGCAGGCCUGGCCCGGGGCUACCUGACCCGGCCUCACCUGGUGGCAAUGGACCCCGCUGUCCCAGCCCCAGUGGCAGGCUUCCCGGCGGUCACCCUCUGCAACAUCAACCGCUUCCGGCAUUCGGCACUCAGUGAUGCCGACAUCUUCCACCUGGCCAAUUUGACAGGGCUGCCCCCCAAAGACAGGGAUGGGCACCGUGCUGCUGGCCUUCGCUACCCCGAGCCCGAUAUGGUAGACAUCCUCAACCGCACUGGCCACCAGCUUGCCGACAUGCUCAAGAGCUGCAACUUCAGUGGCCAUCACUGCUCCGCCAGCAACUUCUCUGUGGUCUAUACUCGCUAUGGGAAGUGUUAUACCUUCAACGCGGACCCGCAGAGCUCUCUACCCAGCCGGGCAGGGGGCAUGGGCAGCGGCCUGGAGAUCAUGCUGGACAUCCAGCAGGAGGAAUACCUACCCAUCUGGAGGGAGACAAAUGAGACAUCAUUUGAGGCAGGCAUCCGAGUGCAGAUCCACAGCCAGGAGGAGCCACCCUACAUCCACCAGCUGGGGUUUGGGGUGUCCCCAGGUUUUCAGACCUUCGUAUCCUGCCAGGAACAGCGGCUGACCUAUCUGCCCCAGCCCUGGGGCAACUGCCGGGCAGAGACUGAGCUGAAAGAGCCUGAGCUUCAGGGCUACUCAGCCUAUAGUGUAUCUGCCUGCCGGCUGCGCUGUGAGAAGGAGGCUGUGCUUCAGCGCUGCCACUGCCGGAUGGUGCACAUGCCAGGCAAUGAGACCAUCUGCCCGCCAAAUAUCUACAUCGAGUGUGCUGACCACACCCUGGACUCCCUGGGUGGGGGCUCCGAGGGCCCCUGUUUCUGCCCUACACCCUGCAACCUGACGCGCUAUGGGAAAGAAAUCUCCAUGGUCAAGAUCCCCAACAGAGGCUCAGCUCGGUACCUGGCAAGGAAAUACAACCGCAACGAGACCUACAUACGGGAGAAUUUCCUGGUGCUAGAUGUCUUUUUCGAGGCUCUGACCUCUGAAGCUGUGGAGCAGCGAGCAGCCUAUGGCCUGUCGGCCCUGCUGGGAGACCUCGGGGGACAGAUGGGCCUGUUCAUUGGGGCCAGCAUCCUCACCCUGCUGGAAAUCCUUGACUACAUCUAUGAGGUGUCCUGGGACCGACUAAAGCGGGUAUGGCGGCGUCCCAAGACCCCUCUGCGGACCUCCACUGGGGGAAUCUCUACCUUGGGGCUGCAGGAGCUGAAGGAGCAGAGUCCCUGCCCAGGCCGGGGCUGUGCUGAGGGCGGGGGGGCCAGCAGCCUGCUCCCCAACCACCACCACCCCCACGGCCCCCCAGGAGGCCUCUUUGAAGACUUUGCUUGCUAG